GCGGCGAGCAGGGGCCGGGCCGAGGCGAGCGCCGCGCGGGCCACCAUGGCCACGGACGAGCUGGCCAGCAAGCUGAGCCGGCGGCUGCAGAUGGAGGGCGAGGGCGGCGGCGAGGCCCCGGAGCAGCCCGGGCUCAACGGCGCGGCGGCGGCGGCGGCGGGGGCGCCCGACGAGGCGGCAGAGGCGCUGGGCAGCGCGGACGGCGAGCUGAGUGCCAAGCUGCUGCGGCGCGCCGACCUCAACCAGGGCAUCGGCGAGCCCCAGUCGCCCAGCCGCCGCGUCUUCAACCCCUACACCGAGUUCAAGGAGUUCUCCAGGAAGCAGAUCAAGGACAUGGAGAAGAUGUUCAAGCAGUACGAUGCCGGCCGGGACGGCUUCAUCGACCUCAUGGAGCUAAAGCUCAUGAUGGAGAAACUUGGGGCCCCCCAGACCCACCUGGGCCUGAAGAACAUGAUCAAAGAGGUGGACGAGGACUUGGACAGCAAGCUUAGCUUCCGGGAGUUUCUCCUCAUUUUCCGCAAGGCAGCGGCUGGGGAACUGCAGGAGGACAGCGGGCUGCACGUGCUGGCCCGCCUCUCCGAGAUUGACGUCUCCACUGAGGGCGUCAAGGGGGCCAAGAGCUUCUUUGAGGCCAAGGUCCAGGCCAUCAGUGAGUCCAGCCGCUUUGAGGAGGAGAUCAAGGCGGAGCAGGAGGAGAGGAAGAAGCAGGCGGAGGAGAUGAAGCAGCGGAAAGCAGCCUUCAAGGAGCUGCAGGCCACCUUCAAGUAGCGAGGGGCUGGGCCUGACCGCACGGCCCUGGCUCCAGUGCCCCAUCCAGCAGGCGAGGGCGGGCACACGGGAGGCCGAGCGUGAACCCUCGGCUCUGUCUGAAGGGACAAUCCUGAAAACCUAAAACACCUGUGCACGGAGCCAGUUGAGGGCCUCACAGAAGUGGUCCAGCCUCUCCCCGCUCCUCUCUGCUGUUCCUGAGGCCACGACACCAGCUCUGGCUCCCUGCCCGGCCCGGCCCAGCCCUCCCUGGCAAUUCCUGAGUCUCUCUCACACCCCUGGCUGCCCCGCUGCCUGCUCCAGUGCUGCUUGAUGCUCCGAGCCCUGCUCCUGGCUCUGCGGCGCUCC